AUGGAUGCAUUCAACGUAAAGUUCGAGAAGCCAAAAGCAACGUUGAAGAAUCGUCAGUUGAACAAGGUGGCAAGCUUACUGAGAUUCGUGGAGUUUUGUGUUGUUCUUGUAUUGAUCUCCAGGUUCACAGUUCAUCUCCCCGUCGCCGUUAAAAGUACCGGUGAGUAUUUCCGGGGCUUAUCAGUGGUUCUCGUGAGCCCUCGCUUCGUGUUCAUCGUCGGGAACGUCAUAGUCAUCACUCUGUUCAUCAAGGCUGGCCAGUUUUCGCCUCGAGGACCGACUUCCGGCACCGAUCUCUACGAUGAAUUCGUCGAAAAGAGCGAGAAAAACGAGAUGAUUCAUCGGUACGAAAUCGAGUACAGGGAGAACCAAAGCAAGAAGAGUGUUGAACAAGAGAAAAAAUCGAUUCUCCAUGUGCAUAGAACAACAUCAAAGGAGGCGAUCAAGAGCUUUAGAAGAACUCAGUCGGAGAAUCUUAAUCGAAAGAAGUGCAAGCAACUGAGGAAAUCGGGCUCGGAAAAGAACAUAAAACAUGGCGGUCCCGGCGAGAAGACGGUGAAGAGUUUGUAUCCGGAAGACGGAUUAAGCAGCGAACAGUUUCGGAACACGGUUGAGGCAUUCAUUGCCAGGCAAAAAAAGCUUCUGAGGGAAGAAGAAGAAUACCCGGUGAUUUGCAAAGAUUUUGAGUGA